AUACUUCCUCCUGCCUGUUGUUCGUUUCACCUCUCACUCUCUCUCUCUGGUCCUUCGAUUUUAUUUCUCCUCUUCUUCUUCCUUUCUUUCUUUUCCCUUACGUUUUCGAUCGUUUUGGGUUGGACUCCAAUUACGGUACGCGCUUUAAGCUUUUUGUUUUUGUUUUUCCCUUUUGUGGGAACUCAUGGCAAUGCAGUCCUUAUAUUUGAUUCAUGGUUUCUUUCUUUUUGCGUGAGCAUCUCCUGUCCGGCUUUCAUUGCUGCUUGCUUUCUCUAUCCGGUACUUCUUCUAGUCACAAAACGAUUCUCCUUCCUUCGUUUUUUCUUCACCUUACACCAUAUGAGAUAUAAAACUCUGAUCGUUGAUAUUGAGGCAAAGGAUUAGAUUCCUAUUUGUAUAACCAGUUAGGAUUGGAGGGAUUUCUCCAAAUGCUAAAUCUUGGCAGGUCCAGAACUCAGCCAAGGUCCAUCAGAUCGAUGUCAUUUGGAGGCAUGGACUAUCCAGACCCAAAGAAGAAGGGCAACUUUGUAGGAAGAAUCAUUUGGGUUGCUGCCUUCAUUGUAAUAUUCAUUAUGGUGCUCAAGCUGUCUACAAAUUUUAAUAGUCCAUGCCCGUUCUCCCAUCAUGAGCCUGGAGUAAUGCAUGUUCUAGUAACAGGAGGUGCUGGCUAUAUUGGUUCACAUGCUACCUUAAGGCUUCUAAAGGACUCAUACCGUGUAACUAUAGUGGACAACCUCUCACGGGGAAACCUGGGUGCUGUUAAGGUUCUCCAAGCAUUAUUUCCAGAAGCUGGAAGGCUUCAGUUCAUUUAUGCUGACUUGGGGGAUGCAAAAUGGGUUAAUAAAGUAUUCUCUGAGAAUUCAUUUGAUGCUGUUAUGCAUUUUGCAGCAGUUGCAUAUGUUGGGGAAAGUACCCUUGAUCCACUUAAGUAUUAUCAUAACAUUACAUCAAACACCUUGGCGGUAUUAGAGGCCAUGGAAACACAUGGUGUGAAGACAUUGAUAUAUUCUAGUACCUGUGCAACAUACGGGGAACCUGAAAAGAUGCCCAUUACUGAAGAAACUCUGCAGGUCCCCAUUAAUCCAUAUGGAAAGGCUAAAAAGAUGGCAGAAGAUAUUAUCCUUGAUUUUUCUAAAAAGUCAGACAUGGCAGUCAUGAUCUUAAGAUACUUCAAUGUGAUUGGGUCAGAUCCAGAGGGCAGACUAGGUGAAGCUCCAAGACCUGAACUACGUGAACACGGCCGAAUAUCUGGUGCUUGUUUUGAUGCAGCUCGCGCUAUUAUUCCUGGGCUGAAGGUUAAAGGAACAGACUAUGAUACACCUGAUGGCACUUGCAUAAGGGAUUACAUUGAUGUCACUGAUCUGGUUGAUGCUCACGUGAAAGCUCUUGAAAAGGCAGAGCCCAGAAAGGUUGGAAUUUACAACGUUGGCACUGGAAAAGGUAGAUCUGUAAAGGAGUUUGUGGAGGCAUGUAAGAAGGCUACAGAAGUAGACAUCAAGGUUGAUUACCUACCCCGCCGGCCAGGCGACUAUGCCAGAGUGUACAGCGACCCUUCUAAAAUCAGGCAAGAACUGAACUGGACGGCACGAUACACCGAUCUUGAAGAGAGUUUGCAGAUUGCCUGGAGAUGGCAAAAGUUGCAUCGUUAUGGCUAUGGAACCCCUUUGGCAGUUUCUUACUGAAAGGAUCACACCAUUCCAUAGCUGUAGAUUAAUGAGAAGAGCCACAUGCACAUGCAGAGUGCUGAUUUCGGCGACCGUUCUAUUGCUCUCUGAGAACGGAGGUGUUUGAAAUAAGAUAAUCUAUUUAGGAGGUAAGAGUAGGAUGCAACCUAUUUGUUACAUGCAUUAUAACAGAUAUCUUCUCUCAUUGGUUGGUGAUAGCACAUGAUAUAUAGGUUUGGAGGGGUCAUAUUUUGCGCAGAUUGCCCCUUCUAGUUCUAAAAUAAAGGGUAAUGUUAAUUAGUGUAUCUUUUGUUCAUAACCAUGUUCGAUCCUUCAGUGCUAGAACUUGUUGCGAGCAAAUUAUGAAAUGCUUUUCUUUAGGGGGCAGCGCUAUGAAACUACAAAAUAAAGGAAUAACCACUGGCUCUUUGAGCUAUUGCCAAA